AUGGCGCGAAUCCCGGUGAGUAUUCUGCCUGUCCUCUCCCUCAUUCUAUUAACUUUCCUUUUGACAAAGGGAUUUAACAACCGGCCGAAACAAGCGGCGUUACCUAUAGACUUCUUGAUUGUUGGCGGUGGUAUCGCAGGCCUCGCGUGUGCCAUAGCCCUACGACGAGUAGGUCACCGUGUACUUGUCCUCGAGCAAGAUUCAACAUUUCCACCGAUGUCGGGUCCAUGUCGGAUGCCCCCAAACCUCAGCAAAAUUCUUUAUCAUUGGGGUCUCCAAGACGAGUUGAGGAAGAUAGGUGUCGUAUCUGGAGCUAUAUAUAUUGGUAUUCAAAAUACCGGAGAGCUACUUGGAACGCACAUUUGGGAUGAAGAAGUACUGAGGGAAACCCGAGGGGAGUUUAUAUUCGCUCAUAUUGGUGACUUGCGACGGCUCUUAUACGAUACCGCUCUGGCAGUAGGAGCAAAUAUUAGAUUGGGCUCGCGGGUCAGAACAGUAAACCCCGACGCUCAAACAGUGACCCUAGUCACGGGAGAAGUCCUCAAAGGAGAUGUCAUUGUCGGCUGUGAUGGGCCCUCCGGCGUAACCAGGCAGGUGUUACUGAUAGAACAAGAAGAGGAUGAAGAUGAGGUGCCGAUAAACAUGAGCAUGUACUGUACAACGAUACCCAAAUCUUUAAUCAUGAAGGAUCCUCGACUGAAAGAGUUAUACGACCAUAAAAUUCCCACAAUGUACACGUGGUUUGGCGAUAAACAUGCUGUGCUUGGAAUACCGCUGGGUGGAAGGAAUCCUGAGUUUGGAUUGUGUGCGUAUGGUCCGCAGGACAAGUAUGAAGGAUCCUGGCAAGAACCCGCCCCUCUUGCUGGUCUACGUGGUAUGCUUGCAUCCAGUGAACCAAGGCUGCUCAGACUUAGCAAACUAGCCACAAAUACGGCUUGUGUUCACGUGGAUGGUAAGGCACCUCUUGAAGAUUGGGUAGACGGGUUCAUGGUCGUCAUGGGAGCUGCUGUCCAUCCUAUGCCCCCCGGAUCCAUCCAAGAGUGCGCACUAACGGUGGAAGACGGGGCUGUCCUCGCAAAAUUAUUCUCGCACCUUCACUCUAAAGACCAGAUCAAAAGUUUCUUGUGGGCUUUCCAAGAUCUGCGGCAGCCGCGUUGUGCAGCUGUACAUAGCAAGGAGGCGGGUAUCAUCCAUUACAUGACUGCCGAACCUGGAGAGUUCCAAUGUGCUCGUGACGAUAUGAUGCGGGCGAAACACCAGGCUGGUGUUGGUAUCCUUGAUGCUACGGGUGAUCUCGAAGAGCCACCGGAAUGGGUGGAUAUCAAGGAGGUAUUUGGGUAUGACGCGGAGGACGAUGCGGAUAACUGGUGGGUUGAGUGGGGGCUUUUGAGGGAACGGGCGCGCAAUAACAGUAGCGGCAGUCAUAUGGGGGAGGUGGCGGGUACGAAGAACCUCUUCAGCGAUGUCCACGUCUCGCAUGUCAUUACUACCUGA